AUGGAGUGGGGCGGGCUGAAAUGCAUAAGUAGCCAGCUUCUUUUAGAUCUUAGCAGCAAACACAGAGCUCGAAUACCCUGCGGAAUCCUAGGAAUGACAGAAGGGCUUUUCCCGUAUCUUAGGAACCAAUCAGGGGACCAUGUUUCCGGAUUAAAGCCGUACCGCAGUAAAACUGCCUAUUGGAAGCGCCGCGUCUGUGGAACAGCUGGGUAA